UCGUCAUCGCGUCAGCAAAUAGGGAAAUGGAGAGAGAAAAAGGGGCCUUAGCGAUACCUGCAGUUAUUAGCGCUGAAUUGGUUUGAUUUGCCGAAUGGACAUUUUCAUGGUGGACUAAAUGCUCGUUUCCAGAUGUCAUGGAGUCCCAUGAGGAAAAGCCCAUCAUUUACACGAUGGAGAAUAAACCCAUAGUGACAUGUGCUGGGGACCAAAACCUCUUAACUGCUCUUUACAGCCUGCUGGCACAGCAGCUUCCCCGGGAGCCUAUGGAGUGGAGAAGGUCUUAUGGCCGAGCCCCGAAGAUGAUUCACCUAGAAGCCAACUUUGUCCAGUUUAAAGAGGAGCUGCUUCCUAAAGAGGGGAACAAAGCUCUCCUCACGUUCCCUUUCCUGCACAUCUACUGGACUGACUGCUGUGACACAGAGACAUAUAAGGCCUCAGUGAAGGAGGACAUGCAGCGGUGGCAGAGUGUGCUGAAGCUACACAGCUCAACCGACUGGCUCAUCGUGGUUGUGGAAAGCGACAACAAGAAGAAGAACAAGACCAACAUCCUGCCACGUACCUCCAUCAUGGACAAGAUCCGCAACGACUUCUGCAACAAGCAGAGUGACAGGUGUGUUGCUCUACUGGAUCCCCUGAAGGAGUCGUCUCGCUCUCAGGAGUCGUGGAAUUCAUUCCUGACGAAGCUGCGCACUCUGCUUCUUAUGUCCUUCACCAAGAACCUGGGCCGAUUCGAGGACGACAUGCGCACACUGAGGGAGAAACGCACAGAACCUGGCUGGAGCUUCUGCGACUACUUCAUGGUCCAGGAAGAGCUGGCAUUUGUGUUUGAGAUGCUACAGCAGUACGAGGAUGCACUGGUCCAGUAUGACGAAUUGGAUGCCCUCUUCACCCAGUAUGUCCUUAACUUUGGCGCUGGAGAUGGAGCCAACUGGCUGGGCUCGUUUUGCCAGCCUGUGCGGAACUGGAACGGGCUACUCCUGCGCAGACCAAUAGAUAUGGAGAAGAGGGAGCUAAUCCAGCGUGGCGAGGCUAGCCUGCUAGACCUGCGCAGCUACCUGUUCUCUCGCCAAUGCACGCUGCUUAUCUUCCUGCAGAGGCCCUGGGAGGUCACACAGAGAGCCCUGGAGCUGCUACACAACUGUGUUCAGGAGCUCCGACUGCUUGAGGUGUCUGUUGUCCAGGGGGCUCUAGACUGCUGGGUCUUCCUCAGCUGUCUGGAGGUGCUGCACAGAAUUGAGGGCUGUUGUGAUCGCACUCAGCUGGAGGCCAACUUCUCCCACACUGUUGGCCUCUGGACUUAUGCUACUGAGAAGCUGAAGUCUCUGGGCUGUUUGUGUGGUUUGGUGUCUGAGAACGGGCCCAACUCUGAGGAGCUGAACCGCACUGUCGACCUGCUCGCAGGCCUUGGCACAGAGAGACCAGAAACAGCCAACAGUCUUCAGAGCCCAUAUAAAAAACUUAAAGAAGCCUUAUCAUCAAUGGAAUCCUUUGAAAAACACUAUCUGGAGUUGUCCCAUGCUGCUCUGGAAAUGUACAGAGCCAUUGGGAGGCUGCGGUCAGCUCGACUGGUGGGAAAGAGCCUGGCUGAAUUCUACAUGAGGAAAGGUGAUGCCCAGACAGCAAAGACCUUCCUGCAGGACUCUUUGAAGUCGUACACGGCAGAAGGCUGGAGUUUGCCUCUCACACACACACGCAAACAAAUCGCGGAGUGUCAGAAACAGCUGCAGCAGACAGAGGACUACUUGCAGACCAGUGCUCUGCUGGCUAGUGAUAAGAACCUGACAGAUGAGGAGAGAAAGCACUUCUGCCAGGAGAUCCUCACCUUUGCUAACAAGGCUCCAGAGAGCAAAGACCAACGAGUAGCCCUGAGCAUGACUGCAUUUGCUCAGCUGCGAGAGCUGAAGUUUCAGCCAGCAUCUGCAUCCGUGCACGUUGGUGCAUCCCUGCAGUUGGAGCUGCGUCUGUGCAGCCUCAUGCCUGUUCCCGUGCAACUGGAGCAGCUGGCAGCCAGCGUCCACUUUAUAGGGGAACAACCAGGCACACGUUCUGGCCCUGCGGGCACCCAGCGGCGCCCCGGUCUCAGUCCAGAUGGCACCAUUUCUUUCCCCGCUGUGAGUCCUUCUGGUGGGGUGUUGCCAGGAACAGGCAUGCCUGCUCUGGAACUUUAUGAAAUCCAGGAUCGUAGUCCCUCCGACAACAUGCUCAACUCCACUAGCGUUGUCUGCAAGAAUGCGCACAUGCUGCUGCGUGGCAGUGAGGGUUCUUCCCCCUUGGAUGUGCACAGCGCUGUAGGCUCGGCCUUUACUAUAGAAGAUGGAACACAGGUGCUGAAGACCAAUAAUGUGACUUUGUUGCCCGGCAACAACAGCGUCAUCUUCACAGCGCUGAGCACAAAGCCCGGCAGCUACACGUUGCGACAGUUGUGUGCUACAGUGGGCCGUGUGCAGUUUGUAAUGCCUCACAUUUACCCUAUAGUGAAAUAUGAGGUAUACUCCCAGGAGCCUCAGCUGACCAUUGAGCCCCUCGCAGAGAGCCUGCUGGCUGGGCUUCCUCAGAGGGUGAAGUUUACCAUUCUAACAGGCCAUUACGAAGUUAAGAAGGGUGACGCUCUGCAGCUGAGUAACACCGACUCCAUGCCUAUCCUGCACUCCUCCUCCUGCUUUGCCCGUAUUCUCUCUGGCACUGGAGAGCUGGUGGGAGAGGCUGCUCUAUCCAUCCAGGCUUCAGAGAAGGUGACAAGCAUCUCUCUGCCUCUAACUCCACCCUACCACACACUGGAGUUCCAGCUAGAGGUGCUGUGCCAUAUCCCAUUAUCACCAGCACGGGUUGAAAACGAACGCCUCACCAACGGUGAAAUCCGUCACCGGCCAAAGAGCCGCACCCGCUUCAACAGCGGCAUGGCCUGCAUCGACCAGAAGGUCUCCAUUGACUGUCCCUGGUCUAUAUAUUCCAUCCUCAUAUCUCUCACCUUUUACACCCCCUUCAGAGCCAAACACUCACUACUGUCUGCAGGAAAAAGGAAGUACAUCCAGGUGUGCCUUGAAAACGUAUCGAACACAAACUUCCGCCUUGCUAAUCAGACCCUGUCAGAGCAUCAGCACACACCUUUACUGGAGCUCCUCUCUCUCAAUGCUAAAACACACCAGGUGGUGUACAGUAAGCAGAGUGUGUAUAGUCUGUGGGAGGUGAAGUGGACCACUGAGCCGCUGCCAUGUCUGCAGUGCGUGUUUUCUGCCAGCUUUUCUCCUGCCGACGCUCCUGACACAGCACUCAAACCCUACAGUUAUGAGUUCCAGUUGGAGAGAGUCUCAACACUGUACAGUGUAAAGGCAGACAUCCAGCCUGCGGUGGGGGAGCAGCAAUGUCGCGCUGGCACCCUCUGUCGGCUAGAGGUAUCAGUCACACGUCUGAUAGAGCCAAGUGACACAGAGGGAGAGGAUGAGGAGUUAACAGAGAACGAAGGUCUCCGCACUACCAAGCUCAUGUAUGAGGUGGUGGAUAACAGCAGUAACUGGGCUGUGUGUGGGAAGAGUUCAGGGUUAGUGUCCAUGCCCGUGGCUGCCAUGGCAACGCACAAAGUACAGAUGGAGGUCAUGCCUCUGUUUGCAGGCAAGCUGCCCUUCCCCAGCAUCAGAGUGUUCAAAUAUCUGCCCCACAGUGCACAGCCCACAAGCCAGCCUGACACAGACUCAUGCCUAGAGAAUGACAACCUCUCUCUACUGGAUAAGGGUCUGGACGAGCAGGGAGACACGGCCAGUCUGCGAAGUCGGGGCAGCAUUCAUUCUGUGGGCAGUAACGAGCAGCAGCAGAGGGCUCUUCCUAUGCCCCGGCGCGAGCCCUUCAGUCCAGGUCAAGUGUUCAACUCCAGCCACACGCAACAAGUCCUAGUGCUCCCCAGCACAGAUGACCAUGUACUUGAGGUCAAUGUCACAUGACACCUAUGUAAAGCCCUGCCCCACCUGGUCCUGGACCCUGCUUUGUGAUCUCAUUGGACAGGAGAUGGGGGGACGAGGGGGGCUCUGGUAUAGGGAGGUGGAGCGUCCCGAUCUGUGGACUCAGUUGGGUGGGUGAUGGGUGUUGGCCUGGCCUGAAUACAGAAACACUAACCGAUGGCUGGACCUGAGAAUCCAUCUACUGUCUUAUGGUUUGUGUCUCAUUUCAUUGUUGCUUACUCAUCUACAAUAAGACAUGCGAGACUGAGAAGCAUCUCCUCUGUCACUUUCUCUCUGACUCAGUGGGCAGCCACUGUCAUGUGUUUCUGCCUCCCCAGUCCAGCUUCCUGCAGGGGAAGUCUUCAAUACUACCGUGACAGAGUCACACUAGCUGAGACUAUCACACACACAUACACAGUGACCUCUGUGGAAGGGUUGGCAGGUAUUGUGGUUAAAAUGGAAAUACAUGUGUAUGCAUUGCAAGAUUUUAUUUUAUUUUAUUUUUUUUGUUGUUGUUUACUGUGUCUGACCCCAGGCUCACAUGCAUGUAUUUGCUCUGAGACGUGAUCAUGGCAUUUGAUAGAGGAGGUGAGUGGGAAGUACUGCUGAUUUACCGCUUAAGAUCGUCUGCUCGCUUAGGCUGCUUCAAUCAAGCUUGAUGUUCUGUGUGCAUAUGUGUACUCGUGUGUGUGCGCGCGUGUGUGUGUCCUGCUAAACAGAAGCAUAGUUCUCUUGCCCUGUGUGUACUGUUAAAGACAUCCAUAUUCCUGUGAGAUGGAUCACUGCACCACUUCUGUUCAGAGAUGAAGCUGACUCUGAAGUGAGUGUCUGAUAACUUAUUUUUCCCGCAGUUUAAUUUAGAUCUGAUGUUAACCUCUAAGGGAUUAGGCUGACACCUCAGAGGAAACAUUCUGUAUUUUCUUUACACUGCAUCAAUGCUUGCAAGUGACAAAACACCUGGCAGUGAGUUAGCUAUGAUGCAGUAAAGUAGCAGUAAUGGAAGUUAUUUCUUUGAACCAGUCUGUCAUCGGAGCUGUAAAACAGCUGGACAUGCGACAACAGUAACAACCACUGCACACCCACAAGAGAAACCUGGGGCAACAAUAGCGCCUUAUCACUUGCUAGCAUGACCGGAGAGUUUGUGAUGCCCUCCUGUCUUUCAACCAAAAGACGCAGAUGCGUAUCAUUUGCACAUAGUACUAAGGCAUUGUUUUGCUUCACGCAGUUUGUUGCUGUGCCAAACCAAUGGAAUCCUUUGCACAAUCGAGCUACAUCUUAAGAUGUCUUUCAGCACUGUUUAACCCUUUCAGGAGUGAGUUUUUCCCCAGAUGCUAGACUGACACAGUUCCAGAUGACACUAUGACCGAUAAAUCAUUUGUUUACAUGACAUUCCAGUAGCACAUGUGUGAGAAACACUCCUGUAAUGGGUUGAGCACUUAAAACCAGUUUCAGAAACCUCUGCACAGAGUUACCGUGACUAAAUAUUAAGUAGGCAAGUGAGGAUGAUCAGCAUUUAUCCUCAUGUCAUGGAGUCUGUAUAACCGUUUAAUUUUCUGAUGGUCUGAUUAAGCAGGGAAGUAAUAGUUAUAGCUUAAUAUUUAUAAAUGCUGAGUGUUGGUGUUUUGUUUCGGGGUUUUGUGCACUGAUGGUGAUGAAAAGGCCUGUGACGGCUGAAGGCCUGAGGCUGUACUUGUAAUCGCUGGACACACUUUAGAGUGCACCAACACAGAGUAUAGUCAGAUAAUUAUCACCAGCUAGUGAUGUGGGGGGUAUUAAAUUCAAGAUCAGCACUUGUUCCUGAGCAGCCAAAUGAAUUUGAAUGAGUUUAUAUGUUUGUGCUUUCAGGCUUGAGUAUUUAGUUCUGUUGCUGUAAGCAAAUGUUUGGGAGAGUAUGAAUUACUAAAGAAGCAGACUUGUCAUAUCUUUGCUUGUAUACGUACACGUCGUUGCAGAUCCUCUGAUUUUCAUGGCUAGCACAGUAUUUAUUCUAUGAAUAAAUCCUUUCCUCCGUCUCAGCUGAGUUGAAUGAAUCAGGGGGUCACGUCUUUAACUGUAAAAGAGUGAUCGGUCUGCCUCACUCCCAUCAAACGUAUGAUCAGAUGGGUGUCAGGAAGCUGAUCUGAGCACCAUUACUCUUACACACUUCAUACACAAGGGAGCCUGUUGGUCUCCCGCUUCAGCAGAUGGACUGUGGGGAUUACAUCAUGGGAAUCAGCCAACAAUUUUCACAAGCUGUUUGUAAAUUAUUCCAUCAGUUGAGCACCACAGAUUGUAUUUAGAUUAAUUAUUUAAAUGAAGAGUAUGUACGCAUUAUACAAUUAUAAAAAAAA